AAUAUGUCUGAAUUAGUCAAAGUCUUUGUUCUCUACUUGCUUCUUCUUCAUUACCAUAACUUCAAUAUAUAUUCACAUUAAUCUCUUCCAAAAUCAAACACAAAAAGAAAAAAAAGAUUUGAAAUUUAUAUUCUACUCUUGCAUUACUCUACUGGGUAUUUAAUUUCUUGAUAGAACAUUGCUUAAUUUUCCAACUUUUUUGGAGCUUUUUUGAGUUACAAAGCUCCUCCUCCGGCCAUGGCUGAGGCUGUUAAAGAGCGGAGUUUAACGGAGACACCAACAUGGGCGGUGGCUAUUGUUUGUCUUGUCAUGAUUGCUAUCUCUAUUUUGAUUGAGCAUAUACUUCAUAUGAUUGAAAAGUGGUUUAAGAAGAUGCAUAAGCCAGCUCUAGUGGAAGCACUUGAAAAGAUUAAAGCAGAAUUGAUGCUUAUGGGAUUUAUAUCCUUGCUUCUAACAGCAUUACAAGACCCUAUAUCUCAAAUUUGUAUAUCAGAAAAAGUAGGAUCUACUUGGCAUCCUUGCAGCAAGAAGCAAGAGAAGGCUCAGGCAGAAGCAGAUAAUUUAAAAGCUAGUAAUAACGGUCGGAGACUUCUUAGUCUGUUCUUCGAUGUCGGUGAGAGUACUAGACGUUCUCUAGCAGAAAAAGCUGGUGGCACAUGUGAAGCAAAAGGUAAAGUUGCCUUUGUUUCGGCAUAUGGUGUUGAUCAGCUGCACUAUUUCAUCUUUGUAUUAGCAGUUGUUCAUAUCCUUUACUGCAUAGUUACAUAUGUUUUGGGCAGUAUUAAGAUGAGAAAGUGGAAGGCUUGGGAAUAUGAGACAAAGACUAUCGAAUACCAAUACCAUAAUGAUCCAGAGAGAUUUAGGUUUGCUAGAGAUACAUCGUUUGGGCGAAGACAUCUUAAUUUAUGGAGUAAAUCAACAGUUACUGUUUGGAUUGUGUGUUUCUUCAGACAGUUCUUUGGAUCAGUUACUAAAAUUGAUUACUUGACACUAAGACAUGGAUUUAUCAUGGCACAUUUGGCUCCUGGAAGUGAAACAAGAUUUGAUUUCCAAAAAUACAUUAACAGAUCACUUGAAGAUGAUUUUAAAGUUGUGGUUGGGAUCACUCCAGUUAUAUGGUUUGUUGCCUGUCUGUUGCUGUUAACCAGUACACAUGGUUGGUAUGCUUAUCUAUGGCUGCCAUUUAUCCCUCUAAUUAUAAUUCUAGUGAUAGGGGCUAAACUGCAAGUGAUCAUUACUCAAAUGGGACUAAGGAUUCAAGAAAGAGGAGAUGUUGUUAAGGGUGCUCCCGUUGUCGAACCAGGUGAUGAUCUAUUCUGGUUCGGACGUCCCCGUCUCAUCCUCUUCCUAAUUCACUUAUGUCUCUUUCAGAAUGCAUUUCAGCUUGCUUUCUUCGCCUGGAGUGUGUGGAAAAUUGGUCCCAAAUCUUGCUACCAUGAUAAAACAGAAGAUAUUGUUAUCAAAGUUUCAAUGGGGAUUAUCAUACAGGUUCUGUGCAGUUAUGUGACUCUGCCUCUUUAUGCUCUAGUGACUCAGAUGGGUUCGAGCAUGAGACCGACAAUUUUUAACGACAGAGUAGCAGCAGCGCUCAAGAACUGGCAUCAUGCUGCAAAGAAACAUACUAAACACAGCAAGCAUUCUACUACACAUACACCGAUGUCAAGCAGACCGGCAACUCCUACCCACGGCAUGUCACCUGUUCAUCUAUUGCAUAACUUCCGUAGCAGUACUGCUCCCGAUAGCUUACAAGCUUCUCCCAGAAAUUCUCACUAUGAACCAGACAAUUGGGAUCCUGAAGCGUUGAAUUCCGUACACAAUCACGAAACUGAUCAACUUGAAGCAGAGAUUGAAAUUCCUGUAGUUCGGGAGCAAAAUGUAGCCAACGUAGCCGUUCCAGAAUCAAGCUCAAUGCAGUUGCCUCCAGGACCGGGUUCCAUUCGUACCCAACAUGAAAUCGGCAUUAGCUUGCGAGACUUCACAUUCAAGAACGGAUAAAGGUCCGGUUUGUAUAAUAAUGCACAUAAUUCAAGGCGACGCCAAUACGCUUUAUUGUCUCGGCAAUUGUGCAUGACCGUCGAAAACAUAUUCCGGAAGCAGAAUUUUAGUAUAGAUUUUAAAUUAUAGGGUAAAAUGUAUUCAUUUUGUAAUGUGUACAGUUGUUGUAUUGUACAUCAGAACUCAGAAACCAGAUUUUGUAUUAAAUCAAGGGCUUUGCAGCCUGUCUGCUCAGCAACAAAGGCUGGGAUGUUCAAGGCAAUAGAUUCUUCAUACUAA